GGGUGGGUGGGGUUGACGUCAGAAGGAAGGCUCGUGCCGGGGAAGGCUGGCGGUUGGGCUGCAGAGGGCGCAGCGCGAGCGGGAGGCGGGAGAGGGGGCUCGAGGCGAGCAACGGCGGCGGCGAGGGGUUCGGACCGGGAUCACCUUCAGCGCCGUGCGCCGAAUGUACUUGGUCUCCAAUUCCCGUCGCCGCGCAUCGCCUCCCGCUGCACGGUAACCGUGUCGCCCGGUUAGGGGGUGAGGGAGUCUUGUUGUACGAGGAGUAGGUGCGGAUGGCUGGGAAGCAGGCGGAGGACGUGGAGCGGUAGGCAGCGCCCGGGCACGGCAGCCCCGCAGCAUGAGCGCAGAAAUAAAGAAGCCACCAGUGGCCCCUAAACCUCGAUUUGUUUUGGUCAAGAAGCCACCGCCUCCUCCAGUUGCACCAAAACCAGAUAUCAUAAUUUUGGAUUCUUUAUCAGCACACAAGGCAUCAAAACCAGCAUUAGCACCAAAACCAGUAUUGCCAAAAACUACACCUGUGGCUGAAGUGAAACCAACACCACUUCAAAAUUAUAAAUGCUCAGAGGAAAUUAAAAGUGAAUUGUGUGAAAAUGUGAAGUAUCCUGUUUCUCAAGAUUGUGGUGAUGUAAUGCAAAAGAGAGAUUGUGAAUUGACUGGUCAGUACAUCAUAUCAAACUGCUUGUGUAAAACUGAAUGUGAGCAUAAAUAUAUAAAUGGUGAAAGUACCUGUAAAGCCCAAACAGUCAUUGAACAGUUGGACAAACUGAAAACUUCGGAGCCUAACAAAAAAUAUGACCAAACAAAAUAUUCUCCUAGGGCAAAGCACAGGUCAGAGACUCAGCACAGCGACACUGUCAUUAAGCACCAGAUAAUUAACAAAACUGGUUUCCUAGAACAGAAAUUUAAAGAUGUUUUAACUCAGGUUGUAACGCCAAAUAAUUACCUUCCAAGACAGAAGGAUGCACAUGGUGAUGGAGAUGUCAGAUUGCUCAGUAGCAACAUUGGGCAAAGUGAAGUCUUCAGUGCUGAUCAAAAUAUAAGAAAUUCCAAAAGAACAAGAGAAGCCUUUACAGAUAAUGACAAUGAGAUUAAAAGUGCUGAUUAUCGUGCAGUGAUGAAAAAUGGAAAAAAUUGCCAUUCCUUGGGUACUGACCACAAGGAGAGGGCGCCUAAGAGCCAGGCGAAAGUUCCUUUUACAGUUGUUGAAACGGAUAAAUUGAUCUUUCAGAAUUCUAACUCCUUAAUUACUGCUUCAGCAUCCAGCUCAACACCUUGCUCCAAACCAGUUCCUAUGCCAAAGCCAAAAACAGCACGUUUGGUUGGUCUCAUGAGGCAAAGGUGUAUAGAUGACAGUGCGGAAAAUGCUGUGGGUCCCAAAGUGACAUGUACUGAUUCUUUUGCCAAAACUCCAAAUGGAGCUACUUCAGAUUUCAAGAAAUCAUUUGUUCCUUUGGAUGCUUGCAUUGACUCCAGGUAUAACAAUUCAAAUCAGACUGCUGACGCGUCUUUUCAUGGGAAUAUUGCCGAGUCUAGUCAGGCAAAAGAAUCUUCUGGUCAAAGUAGUUUCUCCUCCGUAGAGCCAGGUCUGGGCUCUAUCUCUAAAGUCAGGAUAUCUUCAGACUUGCAAAAUAAAAGUAAAAUAGAACAAAUAAAGAAAGACUUGGAAAAUGGCAACAGAACAUUACCAGCAGACACAAAGAGUAGUUUUAUUCGAAGUACUUCACUUUCUAUGAGUUUGCCGAAGUAUCUCAGUUUAUCAUAUGCUCAGACAAAGCCUGAGUCAAACAAUGAGACUGAUUCAGACUUUAAAAAUGUAACUACCAGUGAAGAAAUUACUAAAAUGAAUAUUUCUCCAAAGCCUGUUCCAAAAAAACCACAGCGUCACAGCCUACCUACAGGUGUUGCGAUUAGAAGAGAUGUACCAGCAGGUAGUCCUAAAGAUGCAAGUAGAACAGUAGAGAAUGAUUCAGAAGAGGGACUUGACAGAUUAUUAAGCAGAGAUGCUGAUUUGCCCAGUAAUGAGCAUGAAGCAAUUUGUCCAAAUGAGAAACCUGUAUGGAAACUUGCACAUCCUAUUUUGCCUUUCCCACAGAAUCCUACCACUGUGGCAGUAUCAAGUACUUCACAAAAUAAUGAAGCAUUUACUGCAAAGCCAAGAGCUAAAUCUUUGUCAUCUGCAGAUGCUGAAAAACCAGAGAAGUCUACAAAAGUGUCUUCAAAGAAAAAUUCAUUUAAGAGGAUCCUUGGUAUAAAACUAUCUGCUAAAAUGAAGAAUGACUUUCACAAAUUUUUGACCAAAGGCAGCUAUUCACUAGACAGUAUGUCAUCUGUACAUAAUUCUGAAAAAAGCAAUCAAGAUGACCAUCAGUGCAUUCCAGGGUCGCGGAUGGAUGAUCGAAAGAAAAAACCCACAAAAGCACAUUCUGCAGAUUCUUGUCUCCCAACAGCAAAGAAAGGCCACAAACCUAAAAAUCUCUCUGAACUGCCAAAUAAUUUUACUGCUCAACAAGAGUCUUGUAUUGAGCUGCAAAAAGAUUGCCCAGGGAAUUCUAAAGCACAAUUUGGUAAACCACUGUUUCACUCUUCUAAAUAUGAAAAUGUAAGCGCAAAUUUUGAUUGGAAAAGUUCAUCCAGUGUUGAAGACUCUGAUGCACUCAUUUAUGAGAUAGAACCUUAUGCAGUUUCAAACUGCUACCAAAAGUACAGAGCAGGUCCAGAGAACCAAUGUAUCAGCCCAGUACAGGAUCAGGACAACCUUUCAUCAGAAAUGGACAUCAACUCAGAGGAGGAAGAAAUUAUAUUUAGUUCCGAUGAAGAAGAUAACAGUUCAGAUGCAAGCAAAGGAGAACUGGAUCAGCAAGAUGAAAAACAGAAUGACAAAGGGAAGAAAACCAAGGUCUAUCACAUUGCCAGGGAAAUCAUGAGCUCAGAAAAAGUGUUUGUGGAUGUUUUGAAGCUUUUGCAUAUUGAUUUCCGGGAUUCAGUGAUCCAAGCUUCACGACAGUAUGGAAAACAAGUGAUUGAUGACAAGACCCUGAACCAGAUCCUGUACUACCUGCCACAGCUGUAUGAGCUGAACCGGGGCCUGCUGCGAGAACUAGAAGAGAGAAUGGCUCACUGGGAUAAGUAUCAGAGGAUAGCUGAUAUCUUCAUGGAGAAAGGACCGUAUCUAAAAAUGUAUUCAACUUAUAUCAAGGAGUUUGACAAGAACAUCUGUUUGUUGGAUGAACAGUGCAAGAAGAACCCCACCUUUGCUGCUGUAGUCAGAGAAUUUGAGAUGAGCUCUCGCUGUGCAAACCUGGCUCUCAAACACUACCUGUUAAAACCUGUCCAAAGAAUUCCACAGUAUAAGCUGCUUCUGACAGAUUAUGUAAAGAACCUGUCCAAGGAUUGUGCUGAUUACAAAGAUACUCAAGCUGCUCUUGCCAUUGUUGUGGAAGUAGCAAACCAUGCCAAUGACAUAAUGAAACAAGGGGAUAAUUUCCAGAAGUUGAUGCAGAUUCAGUAUAGCCUCAAUGGGCAACAGGAGAUCGUUCAGCCUGGAAGGGUUUUUUUGAAGGAAGGAACUCUGAUGAAGCUAUCCAGAAAGGUUAUGCAACCCCGAAUGUUUUUUUUGCUGAAUGACGUAUUAUUAUACACUACACCAGUACAAUCGGGGAUGUAUAAGCUCAACAACAUGCUGUCACUUGCAGGUAUGAAGGUUAGCAAACCAUCUCAAGAGGCCUACCAGAAUGAACUGAACAUAGAAAGUGUGGAACGAUCAUUCAUUCUGUCAGCAAGUUCAGCAGCAGAAAGGGAUGAAUGGUUAAAAGCCAUUUCGAAGGCCAUUGAGGAAUAUACAAAAAAAAGGAUAACAUUCACUGCAAGUAAAAGCCUUGAGGAAGAGCCAGAUAAACCAGAGGUUAAUACACCUUUGGGCACUAAGGCACCUAUAUGGAUUCCUGAUCCUCGUGCUACCAUGUGUAUGGUCUGCACAUGUGACUUUACACUUACUUGGAGGCGGCAUCAUUGUAGAGCAUGUGGAAAGAUUGUUUGUCAAGCUUGUUCAUCAAAUAAAUUUAAUCUGGACUACCUUAAAAACCGACCAGCCAGAGUUUGUGAUUACUGUUUCUCAGAACUGCAAAAGAGAGAAGUGCAAUCAUCUGUUACAAAGAUGGCAUCUCCAACUCACAAAUCCUCGAGUACCCUCACCUCAGUUUUUCACAGCAUUCAGCAUUCUUCAGGGCGGAAACACAAGAAAAUUCCAGCAGCACUAAAAGAAGUAUCAGCAAAUACUGGAGCCUCAUCUAUGAGUGGCUAUCUGUAUCGGUCAAAAGGCAUUAAGAAACCAUGGAAACGGCUCUGGUUUGUCAUUCAGGAGAAGGUGUUAUAUACUUAUGCUGCCAGUGAGGAUGUGGCCGCUUUGGAGAGCCAACCGUUACUUGGAUUCACAGUUUCAGAAGUGCAAGAUGACCUUUCAGAACUCAAAGUGAUCUUUCAGUUGUUUCAUAAAAGAACACUGUUCUAUGUGUUUAAAGCAGAUGAUCCUCACACUGCCCGAAGAUGGGUAGAGGUUUUCCAGGAAGCUACUGUGCUAUAACAACAAAAUGGGCACCCACUUGGUGGAAAGACUUCAAGAAAUAACUUAGUGAAAACUACACUAAACUUGGGUGUUGAAGUGUGGUGUUGAUGUUUCAAAGAAAACUGAAUAGAAUACUCAAACUCACACCUUUUAGUAAAGAUUCAUCUCAGAUUGCAGAAUGAAUUGCAAAGGUUCUGCUUCAACCCCAAAACCCUCACUCUGUGCUUUUUGGUGCUCUCUGAAAACUAGCACACAUGAAGAAAAUUUGGCUGUUGCAAUUUUCUACUCGGAGUCUCCAAAACACAGAUUAGUCAAUGUUUCAUUGGUCUGGUUACAUAUUUUGUAGGUAGAUCACCAACAAUUUUGUGACUUAAGUCAUGAUCUGUUUCUAUGCUACAAUUCCAAAGUGUGUCAGUAACCUUGAAAUAUAAGGAUUUAUUAUUGUGAUUUAUAGAUGUAGCUAAUGGAACUAUCAUUUGCUAUCCCUGAUGAUUUCAUGAGAUAAAUCAGUACAUGGUGUGGUACUGGAGACUGUAGAUCAAAGGAUCAAGUUUGUGAAAUUUAGUUGAUUUCAUUUGGGUUGACCCCCAAGUGCUUCUUUCUAAGAUCUGCUCAGAUCCCUGUUCCUGAACACUGCCCAUGCAACUCAAAUAGAAAGCACAGAUGCAUGGAUGCUAAAUAAAGACAUUGGACUUAAUUAUGGUGCCCUGCAGUUGAAAACAGACUGAAUCCGUACAGCAACAGAAAACAAACAAGAGAAUUUGGUAGUUUAUUGACAAACCGCCAGUGUCAAUGGCACCACAACUGGGGUGAUUCGAAGGGCAGAGGAGAAACAAAAACGUUACCUGCUUCUCGGCAUCUAGAACUAGUUUGGAGGCCUGUGACUGCUGGGAAAGUGAACACUUCUGAUGUAUGAAUUUGUGUAAUAUGUUAUAAAAAGUGAGAAGUGGGGUAACUUUGGACAAGUACAUGAUUGUAUAGCACUGAAAUCAAUACAUGGUAAUUCUUGUGAUUUACCAGGUUUAUCAAAAUGUGCAUUUUAAGUCCAUUGAAAAGCUUGUUAAAUGCCACCCCAAUUUUCCUGUAUAUUUUAACUUUAUUCUAUUUUGCCUUAUUUAAUAUGUGGUGUAUGUAAAAUAUUUAAGGUAAAAUAGUCUGGCAAGGAUUUAUACAUGCAGGCAUGAGUUAGAUUUAUGUAUUUAUUUAACUAUUGUAAUGAGAAUUUAUGAUUCUUUGUGGAGCAACAACACAUCAUAGAAUUCAAAGUGCCAAUUUUUGUAAAAUACUCCUGUUAAUUUUUUAAGUACUAACUUUUUAUAAAUGUCGGGAAAGAUGAAUACAAAUCAACAUUUUGGCUUAAGUAAGGGGUGGUAAAACCAAGAACAUUUUGGAUGAAGGAAUUGACGGUUCAAAUAUUUUCCACUUUUUUAGCUCCUUAUCUUACCCAAGUGCUAAAGCUGUACUUCCUGGUGACAGACCAGCAGUACUUCCAAGUCAUAAGAUUGAUAUUGCUUCAUUCUGGAUUUACAAGUUUCUACCAUUUCAGAGGGUUUGCUAGUUUGGUAGCACUUUUGCCCUUGAGGCACACGUGUACCUACUCCAGUCCCACUCCGAAAACAGCUGACAAACAGCUGCAUGGCUAAAAGAGUCCUUCUUUGAGGGAGAUCCCAUCUUUUGGUUGAGGCAUUAAACUGAAGCUCCUUCAUGAGGAAAUAAUCUUUUCAAGAAGGGUUGACCAAUGCUGCUCCCUAAAACACACUUUAAAAAGAGUAACCAACUGUUCAUCUCAUUUGCUGGGAUCUUUUGUGAAUGAAAUGUCACAUUUGCCUACAACUUUGGUAUCAGUAGUUAAGGAUAUAAUUUAGCACAAUACAAAUACAGGUUUAAAAAAAUAUUUCUAGGGUAUUUGCCUUAAUUACAUUGCCUAAACAUCCAUUCCAUGUUUUGAUCACUGUGUGAAGAAAAAUCAAUUAUAAAUUUGUCUUGUAAUAGUUUGAGCCUAUGUCCAAUAAAAUCAGAAUUUAGAUGUAAUCUAUCUUUUAUACACUUGGCUUCUGAUUAUACCUCUGUGAUGUGCCUUGGACA